UAAGGGAUCAGUAAACAGAAUGACUGGAGUCCACCUCAGGCCUGAGACAAUGCGAAGAAAGCUGAGAAAAUAGGUAUCGCUUCGGUUUAGUUUACAGGAAUGGCCCAAGUAAUUGAUUUGGUACCAUGGCCUGAAGAUGGCCACCCUGUCUACACGGCCCCAGCGGUGCUACUGCCGCUGGACCCUAGGAAAGCCAUGCUGGCUGGAGUAAAGGACAGGCUUUUCCACCCAGACCUGCCAACCUUACGGCAAAUGGACAUGGACUCAGCAGGGAACAAACUCCCAGAUGAACAUUCCAGGACAACCACUGCGUGCACCAAAGAGGAUUUUGCCAACGCAUCCUUCACUCUGGUGGGAGUCCCCAACAAGCGCCUCCCCUCCCUGGGGAUGACCGAGCUGGGCCAGUCGCUCACUGCAAGGUACCGAGCAGGGAAGAUGGCUCCACUCACUCCCAGCACUAACCACGAGGAAUGGCCAAGCUACACGCGGGCUAUGGAUGACUGGUCACGCUUCGUCUCCUCUGCUGGAGAAUUCAAGCUACCCAGCGUCAAUAAGAAAGUGCUCGGGUUCAGCUGUUAUGCUGUUAGGUACUUAAAGCCAGACGUGUCUCAGACGUGGAGGUACUGCCUCAAUCAGAACCCCAGCCUGGACAGAUAUGGACAGAAGCCCCUCCCUUACAACAGCACCAAUGUCUUCAGGAGCUUUGGGUCAGCAUACAGCCGCUCGCACUACCUCCAGCCCUGGCCCUAGACGGCAGGAAACAGGAAAAGGUGCGGAGCCCGAGGUGAAUCUACUUGGCCUCUGACAGCCAGCUCCAACAGCCAAGGCGCACAGGAUCCGAGAGCGGCCGUGGGGAAGGGCAGGACAUACACCUUGGUUGCACUUCCUAGCAAAUAAAAAACACUCUUAA